AUGAUGGCUAUUGGAGGCGUUAUAGGACCGGGAUACUUUAUGGGCAUGGGAACUGGCCUUUCGACUGCCGGUCCUGCUGGCCUUCUCAUAUGCUUCGCGAUUGUUGGGCUUCUUCUGUGGUUUGUUAUUCAGUCUCUGGGUGAACUGGGAUCUUUCAUCGCCGUCUCUGGGUCCUUCGCCCAUUAUUCCGCCAGAUUCAUUGAUCCAGCAUGGGGCUUCGCUCUGGGAUGGAAUUAUUUUCUUCUAUGGGCUGGUAUCAUCAUGGCAGAGUACAAUAAUCUUGGACUCGUUCUAUCCUAUUGGGAAACUGACAUGCCCCGUUGGGGCUGGAUCCUGGUCUUCUGGGUUGUUCUUGGAGAUCGUCGAGGCAAGGACAGCAAAUGGGCUGAAAUUUCCAAGCGGCUUCCAGGCAGAACGAACAAGGACUGCCGAAAGCGUUGGUUUCAUUCUCUGGAUCCUGCAUUGCGAAGAGGUCGCUGGACCAAGGAAGAAGAUGAGAUUCUACUCGCGGCUCAUCAACGACUGGGGCCUGCUUGGAAGGAAAUUGCUCUACUUAUCGAGGGUCGCGACAUCCUCAAUCCUUUAGCUAAAGAUCGUCUCAAAGACUGGUCUCCAGAAGAGGACCAGUACCUCACAGCGAAAGUGAACGAGCUUGGACAUCGAUGGGCUACAAUUGCUGCUGGUCUCCCAGGAAGACCUCCUUUGACUUGUCGAAAUAGGUGGAGGAGACUUUCUAAAGAUCUAUCUAACAUGAGCGGCUUAUCCUCCGCCGAACUUACCUCUUCUCCGGACGCUUUGCCAUCGUCAGCAUCCACAUCUACACCCAGGGACUAUGAUAGUCUCUCAUCACAGGCCAUGGAUACUCAGACGCCGAGCGACUCGCACCGACUUGAAAGUGAUUUUACCAAUCUGUCACCAGGCGUAUCAGAAAACCCGGCCCUAUCACCAUUGUUUUCCAUAGGAGAUAUCAGCUCCUCUGUAUUGGGAAAUCCACCAAAACACCAGGUGCCGCUGGUUAGCCAUGCCUUUAAUCACAGCCAUAACCACGAAAAUAUUCAUGAAAUCGACCCCAAAAGAUCCAAUACCACGCCCCUGACCAAUACCGCUGGCCACAACGUCCCUUUCCCUGGACAGCCGCCCAGGCCAGUGACCCUACCACAACAAGAAGAUUAUUAUGAUUGUGACUCCCUUUGGGAGUUAUUGAAUUCCGUCGACGGGAAUUCAGGAAAUGUAUCCUCCAUAUUUCCUACGCAGGAAACGCAGGCCGAACCGCAGGACUCCAUGCCAGGGAUACAGGACAAUCAACGAACAUCGAUUGAAGAAGCUGCUAUUCUGCAAGUGCUCUCAUCGACUCGAGAUCCAUCUUCGAUGCCAAAUGAUGCGCUAUCUACCAUCAAUGCCGAGCGGGCAACUGGGCCGAGUCAGAACAAAUAG